ACAAGUGAAACAGAAGCCAAGAUGAGCAAACCUGCCGGUUCAACAAGUGGUUGUUUGGAUAUAUUAAAUGUCAAAUCCAGUCGAAUUCUGGACAUUCCGUGUAAAGUGUGCGGAGACCGAAGUUCUGGGAAACACUAUGGCGUAUACGCUUGUGACGGAUGUUCUGGAUUCUUCAAAAGGAGCAUAAGGAGAAAUCGAACGUACGUUUGCAAAUCUGGUACGCAGGGCGGCUGUCCGGUGGACAAGACGCACAGGAAUCAGUGUCGCGCCUGUCGCUUGAAGAAGUGUUUGGAAGUGAAUAUGAAUAAAGACGCCGUUCAGCACGAGAGAGGGCCAAGAACGUCUACCAUUAGAAAGCAGGUGGCGCUCUACUUCCGAGGGCACAAGGAGGUGAACGGUUCAUCUACUCACUUUCCAACCACAUCCAUCCCGGGACCGCCGUUCUUCACCACAGUCACUCAGCUCGAGACACACAAUCUGGAAAUAAAUACUGUCACAAGUACACCAGAACGGCAGGCAAUUGUAGGGCUUGCGCAGCCCACUCCUAAGUAUCCCCAUGAAGUUAGUGGUACGCCCAUGUACCUGUAUGAAGUGGCGACGGAAUCUGUGUGCGAAUCGGCCGCGCGCCUUCUCUUUAUGAGUAUCAAAUGGGCCAAGAGUGUUCCCGCGUUUUCAACGCUUCCCUUACCCGACCAGCUGAUCCUAUUAGAGGAUGCCUGGAGGGAACUAUUUGUUCUGGGAAUAGCACAGUGGGCCAUUCCAGUGGACUCAAACACACUACUUGCUGUAUCAGGGAUGAAUGCAGAAAAUACAGAGUCACAAAGACUAAGCAAGAUAAUUUCAGAGAUUCAAGCACUGCAGGAGGUAGUGACGCGCUUUCGACAGCUGCGACUGGAUGCAACAGAAUUCGCUUGUCUGAAAUGUGUAGUCACCUUUAAAGCAGUUCCAACACACAGUGGAUCGGAGCUAAGGAGUUUUCGAAAUGCAAGUGCCAUUGCGGCGCUCCAGGAUGAGGCACAGCUUACAUUGAACAGCUAUAUCCACACCAGGUACCCCACUCAGCCCUGCCGCUUCGGCAAGCUCCUGUUGCUCCUGCCAGCGCUGCGCUCGGUCAGUCCGUCCACCAUUGAAGAAGUGUUCUUCAAAAAGACCAUCGGAAACGUGCCCAUCACGCGACUUCUUUCUGAUAUGUACAAAUCUAGUGACAUAUGA